CAGAAAAGUUUUAAAAUUAUGAAUAUGUACCUUCCUUUUUGUUAAAUAAUUUUCGUUUUGUAAAAAUAUAUCUAUCUUAUUUCAAAACUAAAUAGUAGGAGUAAUAUCAUUAAUGUUCUUGUGCCAUUAUCUACACUUUCAGAAAAACGUGAUAUUUUAAAACGUCAUUUUGACAAUUAUUUGCCAACCAAGUUCAUAAUUGUACUCAACAGAUGUCGUUGCCUGAUUAACGAUUUUGGAAACGUCAAAGAAUCAACUUUUUAUACGAAUUGGGAUGGCCAUAUGUAUUAAUACAGUUGGCCGUGGUCCGGUAGUCCUUUUUUGGUUUGGCGUGGUUGCAGUUCGUGCAUUUCUGGGUACUUUUCCGCUCGUCACGCCGCCGCGGGUAUUUCCUCGGCGGCCGCCGCCGUCAUCUAGGGACUUUUCCUCCCCCCCAACUGUCACCCUCCAUCGUAAAACCUUCUUGACAAGUGAAGUGUCAUGUUAUCGUCGUCGUGAUUUUCUCCCGAUUUCUCGCAAUCUUCAAUGAACUCUCAGUGAAGUCCGCGCCCAAUAUCGCCGCCGCCCCGCAAUCUGCGCCCCCAGCGCGUCCCGCCGCCGCCUGCGCCUUCCCGCAUGUGAAGGUUAAAACGUGUUAAUGUGAUUAGUUGAAGGGCAAGCAUGAGCAAGAAGAAGCACCAAGGCGACCCCGCCGGGGACGAGUCGACGGAGUCCUGCGACGAGAACGACAACAUGACCGAGUGCCGGCACGUGCGCCAGGCCGUGGACCUGCAGCGCGUCAAGAAGGCCCUGAUCAAGUCGGGUCUGGCCAGCGACUGCGAGCUGUGCAAGCGGCUGCCCAAGCCCGAGGACAUGGACACCGAGUUCGAGUUCGACCACUCGCUGUGGCUGUGUCUGCGGUGCGGCAACCAGGCCUGCGGCCGCUCGCGCAACAAGCACGCGCUCGAGCACUACAAGACCCCGCACUCGGACUCGCACGCGAUCUGCGUGGACACGAGCACCUGGAGCGUGUGGUGUUAUGACUGUGAUGAGGUUGUCAAUGUUACGUGUAAGAAGAAGCUGCUGGAAGCGGUGGAGUACCUGCAGAAGCAGGCCGAGAACAAGAACACUGUGAUGGCCAAGCCGAUGGAACAGCCUGUGAUGGACUUAGUCCCGAUGUCUUCGAACAUGCUCUUCGGGGGCAUGUUCAACUUCACCGCCUCCAGCCUACCGCGCCCCCGCGGCCUCAUGAACCUCGGCAACACCUGCUUCUUCAACUCGGUGGUCCAGUGCCUCGCCCAAACUCCCUACCUCCUCGACCUCCUCCGGGAAACGUCCGAACCAGGUCAAUAUUUUCGGUUGCCGGGGGGUAAGAUCAACUCUCAGGACAACGACUCGCCGGUGGUGGAGCCACUGACUGGUCAGCUGGAAAAGUGGCGCCCGCUCACGUGCACUCUAGCCGAAACGAUAACGGAGAUCCAGAACGGGCGCCAGGAGGCGUACGUGCCGAGGAUGCUUCUGGCGAAGCUGACCAAUCGCAUGCCUCAGUUCGGGGGCGGCGACCAGCACGACUCUCACGAGUUGUUGCGGCACUUGUUGGAGGCCGUGCGCGAGGAGGACUUACGAAGAUACCAGUCGGUGAUCCUCGACCGUCUGGGGCUCAACACGAAGACGGACCCCAGCACGGUCGAAGGCGAGAAGAAGAAAAUCAUCAAGUUUUAUGGACAACAGGCGUCGGAGUUGUUGCUGCCGACCGAGCAAGUCUUCAGGGGGGUGCUGGUGAGCACGCUGCAAUGUCAGGACUGCCAACACACCUCCCACCGGGACGAAUUCUUCCUCGACCUCAGUCUACCCAUCACCGAAAAACAACUGCCUCCAGUGCUGCGGCGAAAAGCCGAAGAAAUCGACGACAACAAGCCGUCGAAGCACCAGAUCAAGAAAGAGAAACGCGCGGAGAGGAAAAAAAACAAGAAGCAGAAAUCCAUCAGGAACAUGAACGUGACGAUAGGCCCCAACCCGGCGCCGUCGGGACUGGACGUCAACAUGGACAAGUCGGACAGCGAGUCGGACGCAGACGUGGAGGACAACGUCGAAGCUUCCGAGGAGGUGCCGAAGGGGAUGGAGUCGGGGUACAAUUCGGACAAGGUCGACAACAGCAGCCCCGACUCGAACAACCGGGGGAUUUCGCCGGAGAUGCGAAUCGACGACAGUGGAGUCCCGAGUCCGGCGAUCGGGAUGCUGAGCGCGUCGCACGGAACCCCCGACAACAGCCCGGCGUCCAGCGAGACGAACAUCGACAUGGGGAGCCCCCUAAUCGGGCACUGCAGUCCCGAAGAGGACGCCAACGAGUACUUCGAGCGCCCCGAGUCGCGAUUGGCUUUCGUCAACAACAAGAACGUCGAUCUGAAAACGGGACUGUCGAAGUUGAGUUUGCUCAACGACGGGGACUCGACGAAGGUGAAUUUGCUGUGCGACAAGAUGGAGGACGACGACAGCUUCGAGGGGGCGUGCGGGGGCGAAGUCCCCAAGGACGAGAAGAUGGACGAAGACGACGAGGACGUCGACCUGUGGACGAACACCAUCUCGGCGCGCUACCAGUGCGAAGAGGGCGAAUAUUCCGUGCAGUCGUGCCUCAACCAGUUCACCGCCUGCGAGCUCAUGACCGGCAACAACAAGGUCAGCUGCGAGUUGUGUACCAAGCGUCACGGCGGCGCCGACAAGAAGACCGUCUACACGAACGCGACGAAGCAGCUGCUCAUCUACAACCCGCCCGCCGUGCUCAUCCUGCACCUGAAGCGCUUCCAGGUGUACCGCUUCCGGUCGGCGAAGGUGCCCAAGUUCGUCAAGUUCCCGACGCUGCUGGACUUGGCGCCGUUCUGCUCGAAGCGCUCGCAGAACUUGCCGACGUUCGAGGCCGGGCAAACCAAGGUGCUGUACUCGUUGUACGGGGUGGUGGAGCACAGCGGCUCGAUCCACGGGGGCCACUACGUGGCCUACGUCAAGGUGCGGCCCAAGCUCGAGGAGAACAGCUACCGGUGGCAGUUCCUGCCCAAGAACCAGAAGAGCGACAAGGCGCAAGCGCCCAAGGGGGCGCAAGGCGAGCCGGAGGCGCCCGCCGGCAAGUGGUACUACAUCAGCGACUCGCACGUGUCGGAGGCGAGCGAGACGCGGGUCUUGAGUGCUCAGGCUUAUCUGCUGUUCUACGAGCGGAUCUUGUAAGCGGCUUUUUAUUUAUUUUAAGGCGGUUAUUUAUAUUUUGAUGGGUUUGUGGUGGAUUUUAUUGUACAUUUGGACGUUUUAUCCGAGGGAUGCAAAUUCAAGUCAGCCAAAAUGAUAGACGACGCUUCGCUAGUUGUGACCGGUCUUUAUAUGACACUUUAGGUUAUGUUCAGUUUUCGGGUUCUUACUUAUCUAAUGUCUUAUGUACACUGUAAACUUUGAUCUGUGCAUAUUAGUGUAAUAUUAUUUUUUUUAAGUGAUUUUUUCUUCGAAUGUAUUCUGCAGAUUCAAUAAAAUAUAAUGGAAACGA